AUGUUCGGUCGCGAGUUGCUGAAACAUCAUGUGCAUGGCGAGGGUGCGAGUUCCGAUCCAGCGUUUGAGAGUGUGAACGAGAUUGGGACGUUUAGUUCCGCACCACCCGCCAUCCGCCAAAAGAACCAAGCCUACGCACAAAACAUCCACAAACGAGGCUUCGUCAAGCCAACGCUGAAAAAGGAGACGGCAAAGUACCCCGUUGGCCCGAUUCUGUUGGGGUUUAUCGUGUUUGUUGUGAUUGGGUCAUCGAUAUUUGAGAUCCUGAACAAGCUGCUGUAG